AUGAGCGGCCACAGUUAUACGGAGGGACUGGAGGCAAUGGGCCAUAAAGCACACUCAGAUGGCAUAGGAUAUAGUGCGAUUUAUAGUUGGUAUGGCCAAACCAUGGAUCGUCUCCAGAGUGAUGACUCCAAUGUGUCUGAAGAGUUUCGAUCACUGACGGCCAAAGUCGAGACAUGGAAACAUUUCUGGCCUGAUGAACCUUUCUUCGCGGAACAGGAUUCGUCGCAGGAAACUCCCACUACACUCUUACCAACUGCAGGAUCGUCAAAACAACCCAUCACACCAAAUCUGAGUCGAUCGCCAAUUAAGACACAGCAAGCAUCCCAUGGCAAUAUGAAACGGGAUCACAAGAGGUAUCACGACGCGAUUUGCGCAAACUGUAAUAUGAGAGGUCACAUCUUGAGUCACUGUGUGGCUCCUGUGGACGAGUUUGGGUUCAUCUCAGGUUGUCCGCGAUGCAAUACUAAGAAGCAUUUAUAUGAUGAAUGCAGUGCGCUACCAAAGUCUACAGGCAGGGGAGAUUGGGCUUAUCUUAUUCUGAAAAGAAUGAACUGUCCUCCAAUUCGUUCGUCUAAGGAUAUUCGUAAUUUUUUAAAAGUUAAGUCGGGGAGACAGCACCCAUGGACAUACGACUUUUCCUUGAAGCAAGUAGGCAAGUUUGAGGUAUCAUACGAUGAUUAUGGGAUACCGAAGGGAUUAUAUCCGGAUCCAGCAUGGGAAACACCAGAUAAAGUUCUCUCUCAAGCAUACCCCCGCACAAUGGAUACAAUCUUACCAAGGCUAUGGUACUUUCACUGGAGAUUAAAUCGAAAGUCGGCCGACCUAGGCUACAAGUUUGAAGUAUUCCUAAAGUCGAUGAGCGAAGCAGCAAGUGAUAGUGAAAUCAUUACUAGUGAGAUUGUUCGCUUGGCAGAAGCUCUCGAAUGUAUUUCAGAGUUUGAGUCAAAAAAAGCUAGAGGAGAGUGGUUGACCAUCCGGAUGAGAAAAGAUAUCAAGACAAAACAGGCUAAAGAGCUGGAAUUUGAAGCAAAGCUGAAUGCUUAUCAUGCACCAGAAAACUAUCGCCCAAGAAACCAUGAUUCAUCUCCAGACAAUGAAAGAACCGUUCCUUCGGCCGAAGAAAAGGGAAAAGGCAAGGCAAUAGAUGUUCACAGUCCCUCAUCUUCCCACAGUUAUGCAGAAGAAGAGCAGAGCAUGUAUCAGAAUUAUACACAGAGGUAUGCACCUGAUAAUCCCUUCAAUGAAGGUACUUCGUCAAAUGUCCCAAGCGAAAGCACACCUACGUCUGAGAAUUUGGUUGUUAGAAAAGAAUUCGGAAGUAACCUCACUCCCGCUGUCGAAAAUUACAAACGGCGAGAUUUAUCAUCUCCAGAAAAAGUUCUAGAUUGUGUUCCUGUCAAUAUAGAUACUCAGUCAAGUGGUCAAAGCGAACAAGGAGAAAAUCAACUGUCAAAAUUUGCAGAAUUCAAGUACGAACAAUCUAAGGAACAGAAACAGUUGGAGAAGAGAAUUUCCAACCUAAGGAGAGACCUCAAAGAGAUCAAUAGCUUUGAGAAGAGGGUGGAGAUGUUGACGACCAAUCAGUGCAAUCAACUUAAGAUGAAAGAACUCAAGGAGAGGGAGUUGAGGGUAUUGUUAGAAAUCCGUGGUCGAUACGUAAUAUCCCCCGAACCAAUUUCUGGCUCGAAGAUUAACACGAGUGAAAGGCGUCAAUCUUUCGGAGCACCAGGAAAUCAAGCACCUAACCUGGAGUAUCCAGCAAAUCGUCACGACAGCAGUAGCGGAGGCAGUAGUAACAGUAGUGGUAAAUCUUCAACAAGCGAAGAAUUGCCACCGGAAGGCUUGCAGACACUUACAACGCCUUCUUUCCCAAGCAUUAGAAAGUCGCCUUUGAGCUAUGUUCAAACCGCACCAAGUGUAGGAGUCCAAGAUUCAAACGACAACAACAAUUCCACGGGCCCUGAGGAGUCACAGUCUUAUCUCGUUGUAACGCAAGACACAUAUCCGGCAUUGAACAGAAGACAAAAAGCUAAGGGUAUUUCGCAUAAGGAAUUGAACCGAUCAUCGAGUGAUGCACGAACCAUUGCCCCCGCUGCUAAGACAAUGACCAUUAUUGCCAGACCACAGUCGCUGAGACGUGAGAGUGUCGCAGAUAGUCGUUCGAAGCUAUCCUCGAGUCACACACAAGUAGCUACAUCCGAUUCUGGCAACAACAAGAAACAGAUGGUAAUUUCAGAUUCUACGGAAUCACAACACUUGCAAUCCACUAAUGAGGUCAAGAAUCAAACAGGGCUUAUCUCCGGGCCCAUGGAGUCAAGGAACUCACCAAAGACCAUUGAUAAUAGCCAAAAUCUGCCUUCAGCAUCAAAUGAAAAACAAUUUGGCCAUGUUGCAAAUAAAAACAUGGAGCUAGCUUCAAGGGAGGUCCAAACGGUUUCCAAGGUUGACGAUAUCCAUCAAGAUGCUACCAAGUUGAAGGAAAAUCACCUUCAGCAGAGCCGCCCACCAUAUGUACCUCCUUUCAAAGCAAAGCAGAUGUUAGCUUCAGAAGAGAAAUUGCCUUUGACAUUGCCGCAAGGAAAUAGUGAAUCAUCCUCAUCGAUUUAUAAGCCACCACAUAAAAGAGAAAAGCAAUCACUACGGGACAAUGGACAUCAAUCAUCGUUACUGGAAGAAGACACUGCAAACCACGGCAAAUCAGCCACACCUGUUCAUAUACUACCACAGAUGAGAAUCACGCAACCUACUUCAAAGACCGAAUCACCGCCUUCAGUGACGCAAUCCCCAAUACAGAUUAUAGAGCCGGAACAAUCAUCUUCAACGAAUGGUUCGAUUUCGCAAAAUCAACAGCUAUUGGACUCAGAAGUAGCAUACCCGAAAAAAUCAAACAAAAAGUCCUCGACUCCAACAGAUCAAUCUUAUUUAGAAGCAGAUGAUGAAGAUUCCAGUUCUAUGCCUCAAUUUCAAACAAGCCCUAGAUCUUCUAAUUUACAGCAGAAAUCACCCAGAACUAUGAGGCGGAGUGAGAGACAAUGUACAUCAUCAUCUGGUGCAUAUCUACCAGAGCCAGAAGAUCCUUUAUUGACAACACGUUUGCAGGAGACUGUUUCUAACCCUAGUAAUUCAUGGCCGGAACUUCUAGAUCCUGAUUCCUUUGCUGAUUCUCUUGAUUGUGAAUGGCCCAAUGAUAAAAUCGAUUUAUCAGUCCCAUUGCGAGAUCCAGAUGUCUUCUUAUUGGAUAAUGAAGAUUGCAAUACUAAGGAACCACUAAGGUCACCAAUCGCACUGCCAGAUCCAGAUACCUUCUUAAUUGAUAAUGAGGAUUGCAAUACUGAGGAAUCGCUAAAGUCAUCAAUUCCACUACCAGAUCCAGAUAUCCUCUUACUGGAUGAAGAAGAUUGUAACAAUAAGAAAUCGCUAAGAUCAUCAAUCCCAACAAUACUACACUCCCGUUCUCACAGGCAGAGCAAUCAUGCAAGCAGUACAAUAUCUGGUGGGAAUUCAAAAAUCCAAGAAGCAGACAAAGCCGUGUCAGACGAAAAUGCAAGCAAGAUAUGUUUUACGUGCGAUAAAGUAGGACAUCAUACAAUUGAUUGCCCCUCGAGCUGGAGACUCGACGCAUUGGUUCUUGACAAUUUUCCUUAUUCGAGCUCACGAUACCGUGCUGGCUUAGGAAACUCUAUGCAGGCUAAUAAAGCUAAUGAGCCAGAUCUCAAUCUCGGCGCCAAUAAUUCUACCCCGACUUGGUCCAGGAGCGGUUAUCCGGAUUACACAUCACUUCCUGGCAAUUUUCCUCAUCCGAACCUACCGCAUAUUGCAGAUGCAGGGAACCAGCUACACGCUAAACCUAAGUCUGAUCUCGAUCCCCCCACGGAUUUUUUCUACCCGAGUCGGUUAACAAAAGGUGAUCAUCUAGUCGAGGGACUACCUGGGAAUUGGAUCGAGAUAGCGGAGAAAAUCUCAAGUUUUUUCCACGCGGAUUGGGAUCAAGAAGUGAACAAGCUAAUUGAGACUCGGUAUUGGGAAGUCCAGAAAGUCAUGAGAAAUACGGGCGACAAUUUCAGUCUUGGGAAUAAUUCAGAUGAUGAAGGGUCAGGAGAGGAAAAAUCAGAAGACGAUGAAAUAAUCUUGAGAUAUCCCUGGCAAACGAAGAGCUCUGACUGCACACUUCGGAAGGAAACUAGGGAGAGAAAAAAGAGACUCCCUGCUCCAACUAAAGCAACUGCCGACAAAAUGGGACAUGAUUAUAACAUGGAGGAGAGAAAAAGAAACAUGCUGACAAAGGGAUCUCCAAGGAACCCUCACGCAUUCCAACCAAGGAGAAUUACAAAUGGUGCUGGAUUUUUCUAUCCGGUUCCUGGCGAUUGGUUCUGUAUAUCAAGAGGGUGUGGAGAACGCAAUAUUUCCGAGUCCAUCAUCUGUAAGAAAUGUUCCAGUCCGCGCGGAACAAGGAGAGUGGAUGGUAGCAUCGAGAUUUUCCAGCCCGGGGAUUGGGUUGCGGCAGUCGUUCUAAAGCGCCGGCAAUUCCUAUUCUAUGGAAUUGUAGCUCAUUUAAUUGUGGCGAGACAAAUGAUAACGGCGUGGUACGUUGUCGAAAAUGUGGUAAUCCUCGUAUUAUCUUUCACAACCCGCCGCCUCGAGCAACAGUCAAUGUUUUCCAUGCCGGUGAUUGGUAUUGCGGUGCAUCAGGAUGUGCAGCCCAUAAUUCUUCCCGGGAUAUCAGCUGUUGGAAAUGCGGCGGUACGGAUACCACUCUCGUCGCUCCUGGUCAAGUUGGUCAAACUACGACUGGCUAUUUUCCUCCCCGGGUUGGAAUUGUAA